UUAGUCAAUUAUGGUUAGCUAACGCGGGAUUUUAAAAAGAGUUUGUGAUGAGACAUGAUGUUCCUGCCAAAUCCUGUUGAAGACUCUUUUGUACAGGACGGGGAUGGGGAGAUUAUCAUCGAGUCACAUGAAGAGGUGGUCGGUGAAGGCGAUUUGGAUUCCAUCCUCAGUGGUCUACAAGAAUCAUCACAUAUCGUACCUCUUGACCCAAGUUUUCUCAAGCACCAAGAGUCCAAUGGAACUAAGAGUCGUAAAACAAAAUCGAAAGCAGGUGUUGCGCAGAAAAGAAACCGGGCAUCUAAAAAUGAAAUUAAAAAAUCACUGAAAGUUGCAGAUGCACAGGAUCAAACAAAGAAAGUAAGGAAAGAAGCCUUUGAAGAGGGCGAAAAAACAGACGACGAAGAUGAUCGGUCUGUUCUCUGCCCUCAUGCACAAUGUGACAAAGCUUUUAAGGACCAUUCCGCUAUGAGAAAGCAUCUACUGACGCAUGGGCCGCGCGCGCAUGUUUGUGCAGAAUGCGGGAAAUCUUUUUUGGAGAGCAGCAAGUUAAAAAGACAUCAAUUAGUCCACACGGGAGAAAAGAAAUAUAUAUGCACGUUCGAAGGUUGUGGUAAGAGGUUUUCUUUGGACUUCAAUUUGAGAACUCACGUGAGAAUACACACUGGAGACCGCCCACACGUGUGCCAGUACUGCAACAAGAGAUUCGCUCAGAGCACCAACCUCAAAACACAUCUCGUCACUCAUGCUAAGCAAGAACAACUAGCUGCUAACAGUCUAUCGAAUCUGGACGACUUCUCAAUCGCCUCUCAAAUUGCUAACGACUCGUUCAUGGGAAAUCGCACGCCUCAGAGUUCAGUAUCGCAAACUCCAAACUGUGGAAGUGAACGAAUAGUUGACAUCAUCAAUACUACCCCUGGAUCACCUUCAGGAUGCUCGACCAAUGGAUACUUUGAAAACUACCCUCUUUCAGUGGAUUCUCAAGAGUCGCUGACAGACUUAAACGUCGGAAUUGUUUCACCUUUUCCUAUUACCGAAAGGUCAACAUCAGUUAUAAGCAUUGCACCGCCUGAACAAGUCGCGGUAUCUGUUCCUGAUACAUCAAAGCCUAAUUUUGAUGAGAAAAUUGCAAACUCAGUGCCUUUGAGUACGGCUAACAUUUGAAAUACGACUUCAUUGAAAUGUGGCAAUCAAAAUUGUUUUUAUUGGUAAUCAAGAAUGCGUUGGUUGACCUCGUUUUCAAAGUUAUCCGAGCGAAUGUGUAAUAAUCUUGAGUGAUCCGAAUAAUAUCCGGAAAACUUGUGGAAUCUGCCGUUAUGAUUUUACUGUACCCACGAUUUUAAAAGCCUAAAUAAAUCAUAUUUAAAUCUAUUUUAUUAUUCUCUGAAAUUUUCAAAUAAAAUCAAUUAAAAAACUG